AUGUGUCUUUCGCAAAGGCGCAUGCGGACGGCAGCCCUCAUUCUGUUGUCGGCCAUCGAGACACCAUCACGAUGCCGUCUUGCCAAAGACCAAAAGGAUGCCGUACGCUUCUGGGCCAGCCACGUUUCGACAAUGACCUCAGCCUCGAGGGGAGAAGUCUGGAUUUUGCCGCGGAACGUUGGUUGCACUCAUCAUGUCUUGGAGAGUGUUGACCAACAAACCUAG